AUGCCCUCGGACAGCAACCCCAUUCCCGAGGCCUUGAAAGCAAUAUGGAUAUCCAAUGGCCUCCCAGAACACUUUCUUAAUCAUCUUAAGCUCAAAGGCGACGCAGACACCGCCGUGCCCUCAUCCUUUCGACUAGGAUUAGCAGCGCAGAUAUCAAUAGGGUUAGCAGGACUCUCUGCAGCAUACGUGCACUACCUGCGCACAGGCGUCGAGCAAGACGUCACCGUCGACGCUCGACACGCCGUCCUCUCAUUUCACAGCGAAGCGUGGUACACGAUAAACGACGCGCUACCCCCUGGUGAUUUAUGGGACAACAUCGCGGGACUCCAUCGAGCAGGGGUCCUGGAUAUCCUCAAAAUCUCCGAUUCUCCUACACUUGCAACCAGAGACGAAGUUGCUGCUGCUAUUAGACAGUGGGAUGGACAAAGCUUUGAAGACGAGUGUGCAAAGAGCGGCAUGUGCGUGUUCAAGUUGCGAAAGCUAGAAGAGUGGAAAAACUCUCCACAUGGCAAGGCGCUGGAUGCGUCCCCUGUACCCGUUGUUCAGAUUUACAAGAUAGGGGAGGCAAAGAAAAAAAUCAUCAGUGGUGGAGAAUCGCCUCUUGACGGAAUCAGAGUUCUUGACCUGAGUCGAGUGCUGGCGGGCCCUGUCGCUGGAAGAAACCUUGCAGCGCAAGGUGCACAAGUUCUGCUCAUUACAUCUCCGAAAUUGCCAUCAUUGCCUUACCUAGACACCGAAACGUCACUCGGAAAGAGGACGACGCAGUUGGAUUUGUCUCCAACUUCCACCACAGACGUCGAGAAAAUGAACAAACUUGUUCGUGGGACUGAUGUUUUUCUACAGGCAUACCGACCGGGUGGGUUAGAAGGGAAAGGAUUUGGGGUUGAUGAUGUUCUUAAGCUGAAAACCGAGCAUGGAGAGGAGGGUGUCGUAUUUGCGAGCCUGAGAGCCUGGGGGUGGGAUGGACCGUGGGCUCAUCGUCGUGGGUUCGAUUCGCUAGUGCAAACCGCAGCUGGAUUCAACGCGGAUGAAGGCGAGGCAUACAGAUUAUAUAUGGCUUCCCAAGGCAAACCAAGCGAAUGGCGUCCGAGACCUUUGCCAAUGCAAGCAAUAGACCAUGCUGCGGGGUACUUUCUGGCUUUCGGAAUAAAUGUCGCUUUAGCUAGGAUGAUUCUCGAAGGAGGGUCCCACGAAGUACGCGUUUCUCUGGUAGGCGUCGGAAGGUGGAUUCGCUCUCUAGGCAGGCUCGACCCUAGUAUUGCUUUUGGAGAGAACGCACGCAAAUUUCCAGAACGUGCAUGGCCACUGGACGAGGAGAUACAAAGGCUGAGUAUCGAUUGGUCAGAGCGACAAGGGGGCAAAGGAAGAAAGAUGACAGCUUUGAAGCAAGCAGCGGUUUUCAGCACCACCCAGGCUAAGGAGGGAAGGGGGACGAAUUGGGGAGCACCAAUGAGAUUGAACGCGGAUGAGGCUGAGUGGCAGACUGAUAUGGCCAGCUCCAAUCAAAACCCUCAGUCACCCGAACCAAAUGCGUCUAUAGUGAAGGGCUAUAGAAUCCAACGUUGCUCUGGAGAAAGUGGAGGUAUUCCUGUCUCGACGCCACUCUCCGCACACGAAGCCACCCAUGCGACGCGUUCGCAAUCCUAUUCGCUAACUCUCAACGAGACUGGAACAGCGCGUAAUGUAGCGCAAGUUAAAACCCUGGGAGAGGCUAUACAUGCUAUAGAUGGAGUGCAAAAGGCGUUGCGUAAAACCUAUCUGCAGGUUGGGAGGCCACAUGGUGACAUAAAUCCAAAUGUCAUGCUCCUGAACAAGCAUGGGGAGGGUGUGCUCGUCGACUGGGAUAACAACUAUCUCGUAUUUAGUAUGAUGCGAACACUCUUGAGAGAGAGAUAUUACGGCCAGAAGAAAAGCUCUAGCUCUUAUUUUUUCCCUGUCUCAAUCUUUGCUAGUAGGUAA